GGGAGGGGCUUUCAUGCUCACAACAAGGCCCAAAGAAAGGAAAUCCCAAGGAGCCAGCCUUCUGACAGUUGGACCAAUCUGACAAGAAAACGGCCAGCUUGGAAAGGUAGUGAGUGACUCGUCUUGGGUGGUAUGUAAACUGACACUGAAUGGUCAACUGGUGAGGGUGCUGUAUCAGAGGCUUGAGCUUAGGAUGGAGGAACAUACCAAACUUCUGGAGCUUUUAAACCCAGAGAGGUUCUGAAUUGAGAGUGAUGCCCAGAUUUGGGACCCAAUCCCCAAUGUAUCUGGACAGGAAAUUGUGAAUGGGCAGAGGAAAUCUGGGCAAGUCAUUGUGUCUGAGCUGGAAAACAUGGAACAGAGCUCCAGAUCCUGAAGCCACUGGACUUGAUCUUUUCUCAGUUCAGAAGGAAAAGAACUGCAGGUGUCGUUUUUCCCGAAGCCUGUUCUUUAGGCCAGAAAACAGAGAGAGAGAGAGAGAGAGAGAGAGAGAGAGAGAGAGAGAUGAGAGGCACAACCCUCUCAAGGAAACCUCUCCCCCAACCUAGAAGGGAAAUGCAAGGCCAAGUUGAUGAAUGAACCUCGCCUUGAGCUUCCAGCAUUGAAGAGGAGGUGACUUCCAGGCAAGAGCCUCAGUCCAGAAAAGCCUAGAGUGAUCAUCCACCUUAUCCACUGUCUACCUGGGGGACUGGGCAGAGAGAGAGAGAUCCAGGCUCAUAGCGCAUGCUGAUGGUAGAGCCAGGCCUAGACCCCAGGUCUCCUCUGUAAUUGAGAGUGCUCUCCUAAGCCUGGGACAUCCAGGUUGUGAUGCUGAAUUUAUCCAGUUCCAAAGCCCUGGUAGCUGUGGGAGUGUGACAGCUUCUGCCCUGGGAGGUUUCAGGCAUCAGACUUCCCCCUGCCCUCCCUUCCUACUGCAGAGGGCAGAUCAGGUGCUCGUAACCAGAGCUGGAGCUGGACCCUGCGGCCACCAGUCUAACUUGCCUCCAGUUGUGAAAACCCAGCAGGACGCUUUGCAGGCCAACAAGGGAACUUUGCCUGGAGCUUCAAAUCCCUCUGGAGACGUUUCUGCACAAAGGCAUGCACUGCAGGAGUUUUUCAAGGCUUAGGGAGAACAUUUGUGGCAUUGAAACCAUUUGGGAUCUCAGGAGAUGCUGGAUGUCAGGAGCCAGUCAAUGCUAUUGAUUGGGAAACAAAUAGAAGUCUUCCCAGGGCCCUCUCCAGACACCUUGGCGGUGAGAGAGAGGUCUUAGGGGCAUUAGUGACAAGCAGGGCUGGACAGGUUCUCCCUGAUAAGGAGAAAUAGAGUGAUAAGAGAUCCAUUCCUGGGGGCAGGAGACAUUCGUGGAGUUCAAGGGGGUGGUGCUGGAGAGGCCUUGGGCAUCACCCCAUUGACACCCCCCCUCCCCCGCCAACCACACAGCUCAGAGAGGCCAGAACUGUGAUCUCACAGCUAAGAUUGAGCCAUUCCCUGGCACGCCCCUCCUGGGGUCAGCUCUUGGUGGUCCAUUGCUUCCAUCACUGCUUGCCUCCCUUUGACCCUCUAUGUGUUAACAGUGGUCAUGUGAUGCAACAGGACAGUGUUAGACCUAGACGGACAGCACCUUGCAAGUAGUUCAGAAUCAGUCCUUCCGGACAGGGUAAAAUGAUGAAAGCAGACAGCGAUUGAGCCCUGCACUGAGUGGUGGCUCUGUACCAAGGUGAGGGUGGGGCAGACUUGGUGGCUGGAGUCUUAAGGGAAGCCUUCUGAAGGAAGAAUGAUCAGGCCUCUGUGCCUUGCCACCACAGCCUUUGAACCCAGGCCCAGUUCACACAGCUGGGCCCGUGGGUCAGCUCUCCAAUGGCUGUGCAUUGCCACUGCUGGGUGAUCUGCAAGGUACCUGUGGAGGAAAGUGAUGUCACUUGGUCCUGCUGUCAUGGAGCUCACAGGACACUGGCCAGGAAACUGCAGAGAUGACAUGGAACACAGACCCUACAAAGCUGAAAAACCUUAAUGGACACCAGAACGGCUACCGCAGAGCUGGGCUGGACAGCCAAUCCUGCGUCAGGGUGGGAAGAAGUCAGUGGCUACGAUGAAAACCUGAACACCAUCCGCACCUACCAGGUGUGCAACGUCUUUGAGCCCAACCAGAACAACUGGCUGCUCACCACCUUCAUCAACCGGCGGGGGGCUCAUCGCAUCUACACAGAGAUGCGCUUCACUGUGAGAGACUGCAGCAGCCUCCCCAACGUCCCAGGUUCCUGCAAGGAGACCUUCAACUUGUACUACUAUGAGACGGACUCAGUUAUUGCCACCAAGAAGUCAGCCUUCUGGUCUGAGGCCCCCUACCUCAAAGUAGACACCAUUGCUGCAGAUGAGAGCUUCUCCCAGGUGGACUUUGGGGGAAGGUUGAUGAAGGUCAACACAGAAGUCAGGAGCUUUGGCCCUCUUACUCGGAAUGGUUUUUACCUCGCUUUCCAGGAUUAUGGAGCCUGUAUGUCUCUCCUUUCUGUUCGCGUCUUCUUCAAGAAGUGUCCCAGCAUUGUGCAAAAUUUUGCCGUGUUUCCAGAGACCAUGACUGGGGCAGAGAGCACGUCUCUGGUGAUUGCUCGGGGGACAUGCAUCCCCAAUGCAGAGGAAGUGGAUGUGCCCAUCAAACUCUACUGCAAUGGGGAUGGAGAGUGGAUGGUGCCCAUUGGGCGCUGCACCUGCAAGCCUGGCUAUGAGCCGGAGAACAGUGUGGCCUGCAAGGCCUGCCCUGCCGGGAUGUUCAAGGCCAGCCAGGAAGCUGAGGGGUGCUCCCACUGCCCCUCCAACAGCCGAUCCCCUUCAGAGGCAUCUCCCAUCUGUACCUGCCGGACCGGCUAUUACCGAGCGGAUUUUGACCCCCCAGAAGUGGCAUGUACUAGUGUCCCGUCAGGUCCCCGCAAUGUCAUCUCCAUUGUCAAUGAGACAUCUAUCAUUCUGGAGUGGCAUCCGCCAAGGGAGACAGGAGGGCGGGAUGAUGUGACCUACAACAUCAUCUGUAGAAAGUGCCGGGCAGACCGUCGGAGCUGCUCCCGCUGCGACGACAACGUGGAGUUUGUACCCAGGCAGCUGGGCCUGACCGAGUGCCGUGUCUCCAUCAGCAGCCUGUGGGCCCACACCCCCUAUACCUUCGACAUCCAGGCCGUCAAUGGAGUCUCCAGCAAGAGCCCCUUCCCCCCACAGCAUGUCUCCGUCAACAUCACCACGAACCAAGCCGCCCCUUCCACUGUUCCCAUCAUGCACCAGGUCAGUGCCACCAUGAGGAGCAUCACCUUGUCAUGGCCACAGCCGGAGCAGCCCAAUGGCAUCAUCCUGGACUAUGAGAUCCGGUACUAUGAGAAGGAGCACAAUGAGUUCAACUCCUCCAUGGCCAGGAGCCAGACCAACACGGCGCGGAUUGACGGCCUACGGCCAGGCAUGGUGUAUGUGGUGCAAGUGCGUGCCCGCACGGUGGCGGGCUAUGGCAAGUUCAGUGGCAAGAUGUGCUUCCAGACGCUGACAGACGAUGACUACAAGUCUGAGCUGAGGGAGCAGCUGCCACUGAUUGCUGGCUCGGCAGCAGCCGGGGUCGUGUUCGUGGUGUCAUUGGUGGCCAUCUCCAUCGUCUGUAGCAGGAAACGGGCUUACAGCAAAGAGGCCGUGUACAGCGAUAAGCUGCAGCAUUACAGCACCGGCCGAGGCUCCCCAGGGAUGAAGAUCUACAUUGACCCCUUCACUUACGAGGACCCCAAUGAAGCUGUCCGGGAGUUUGCCAAGGAGAUUGAUGUAUCUUUUGUGAAAAUCGAAGAGGUCAUCGGAGCAGGGGAGUUUGGAGAGGUAUACAAGGGGCGUCUGAAACUUCCGGGCAAGAGGGAAAUCUAUGUGGCCAUCAAGACGUUGAAGGCCGGGUACUCGGAGAAGCAGCGUCGGGACUUCCUGAGCGAAGCAAGCAUCAUGGGCCAGUUUGACCAUCCCAACAUCAUCCGCCUGGAAGGCGUGGUCACCAAGAGUCGGCCUGUCAUGAUCAUCACAGAGUUCAUGGAGAACGGCGCUUUGGAUUCUUUCCUCAGGCAAAAUGAUGGGCAGUUCACGGUGAUCCAGCUGGUAGGGAUGCUCAGGGGCAUCGCUGCGGGCAUGAAGUACCUGGCUGAGAUGAACUACGUGCAUCGAGACCUGGCUGCUAGGAACAUCCUGGUCAACAGUAACCUGGUAUGCAAGGUGUCUGACUUUGGCCUUUCCCGCUACCUCCAGGAUGACACCUCAGACCCCACCUACACCAGCUCCUUGGGAGGGAAGAUCCCCGUGAGAUGGACAGCUCCAGAGGCCAUUGCCUACCGCAAGUUCACUUCUGCCAGCGAUGUCUGGAGCUACGGGAUCGUCAUGUGGGAAGUCAUGUCAUUUGGAGAGAGACCCUACUGGGAUAUGUCCAACCAAGAUGUCAUCAAUGCCAUUGAGCAGGACUACCGGCUGCCCCCACCCAUGGACUGUCCAGCUGCUCUACACCAGCUCAUGCUGGACUGUUGGCAGAAGGACCGUAACAGCCGGCCCCGCUUUGCGGAGAUUGUCAACACCCUGGACAAGAUGAUCCGGAACCCGGCAAGUCUCAAGACUGUGGCAACCAUCACCGCCGUGCCUUCCCAGCCCCUGCUAGACCGUUCCAUUCCAGACUUCACGGCCUUUACCACCGUGGAUGACUGGCUCAGUGCCAUCAAAAUGGUCCAGUACAGGGACAGCUUCCUCACCGCCGGCUUCACCUCCCUCCAGCUGGUCACCCAGAUGACAUCAGAAGACCUCCUGAGAAUAGGGGUCACCUUGGCAGGUCAUCAGAAGAAGAUCCUGAACAGCAUUCAUUCUAUGAGGGUCCAGAUGAGUCAGUCACCAACGGCAAUGGCAUGAGAACUCUCAUUUUCUGGGGGGAGGAGAGGAAGGAAAAGGACCAUGCUCAAGAGGGAACCAGAGGUUGACCACUGUGGAAUGUUCUGGAAAGAGUGGCUUCUCAGCUAAGAAAUGCAUUACAUCAGUGAAGAAGAGACUGGACCUGUUCUUAAUAGGCAAUCUUCAUUUCUUAGUGACAGAAGCAUGUAUAAGAUGCCGUGGGAAACCAAAACAUAAUAAUAAAAAUAUGAAAGGGUGAUGUUCGACAGAAGUGAACACAAAACAGUAUGCAUCGGGGCAACCAAGAGUAAACUCCGCUCCCACUCGGGGCUGGAGUCACCGAUCCACAGGAAGAAAGGGAAGGAGGUAGAGGGAAGAAACAGAGGCAGUUUUCCAUUUUCUUCCUCACCAAUGACAUUCUUUUCUUUUCUCCUUUUGUACUCCUCCCCACGAGCCCUCUCCCUUCUCCCACAUCCAUUUCCCUUUGCUCAUGACUCGUGUAGGGAAGUUUCUUCAAACAAACCCCAGCUCCUGAGUCUCCAGAUGUCGUUCUGUCAGUUGCCAAAGGACUUUGCUGACCACUGCAUGGGGGAUCCAACCAAUUCAAUUAAUGUCUUCAUAUUGAAGAAGAGAUGUACCUUCAAUUGAAAACCUUGUUUUUCUUUUGUUUGCAUUUUCUGCAAAAAGGAAAAAGAAACCACAAAUUGGAAAAAAAAAAAAAAAAAGAAAAACCUGUUUCCGUGUGCAGGAGCACACAUAUGUAUGUCUGUGUUAUAAAAAUGACUGUGCUUGUUCGUAACAGAUGCAAACAAGAAAGAAGAACCGGGAGAUCUUUGCCCCUGGAAAAUCCAAAGGGGCUGGAGCGUGUUGUUGGUUUGGUGUUCUGGUUGGCCCAGUUGGCCUAUUGGCCCAAUGGGGAGAGAGAGCAGGGAGAAAAAUAAAAUUAAAGGGGAAAAAACUCUCAGGAGCUUGCAAAUUCAGACAGGAAACAGGUGAGUGGUUUGAAUUGGAUGCAGUGUGGGCCAUUCUAGAAUGAUACUGACUGAUUAUUCUUGGUAACAUCUGAAGAGAAGGAGAAGGAAAGUGUUUCUGGAGAAUGUUCUUCCACAUCCCUAGAAUCUGUAAUUCAAGAGAUGGCAAGGGAGAAUUCUUCUUACCUUAUUUGUGGACUGGCUUAAGCCGUGUGGCAUCCGAGGAAUGUUUCAAAUGUGUCUGUGUUUCUCCGCAUUCCUUCUUGUACCUCAUUGUUCAAUUCACUUUUGUAAAUUCCACCUAACAUUUAAAUAUUUUUAAUUUCUCCUUUUAUCUUAAUCUCCUUGCUAAUUUUAUCUGUCUAAUUAAAAUGAGCAGAAGCAUGUCUGGGUUUACAUAGAA